AAUGCAGGUGAAGAUUGUAAUCAGAGCCUGACACUAGCCCAAAGAUUCAACGUGAUCUUUGGGUAACGCACCCGGACCAAAUGCAUUUGUGCUGUCAAUCAAUUGAGUCGGCACCAUUAGAGGAAUACUCCGUGCCUUUUUUCCGCUUAUGGGCUGCUGCAUUUGCCCCAAAGGCAUCAGCCCGGGUGGAGACGGCGCGACCAAUCGAAGAAAGUCCUUCAAGCGGUUUGUCACGCUCUCGAAGAAAAAGGGUUCUGCGGCAAGAAAAACGAAUGUUGAUAGUAGCGGGAACCCUAAACCCAACUCCGUGUCAAAGCCCCAAGAUAACGUGGUGAGCGCCCUGCCCCCGCCAACUGGAGAAGGGAAGAAGAAAGCUGCAGGUUGUGCCGAUAGGAUACGGAAGAGCGUGGGGCAUCAGAGACGUGUAACUGCGGCUGCUGGGGCAAAUAGAGAGAAUUCACAAGUUGUGUCUGGGCCAAAUGAGGCAGAAGCCAACUUGGGAAUUGUUGACGUGCCGAAUGGGUUACCUGGGGAGAAUGUUGCAGCAGGCUGGCCCUCAUGGCUAAUUGCUGCAGCUGGGGAAGCAUUAAAUGGGUGGCAACCUCGGAGAGCUUCUUCAUUUGAGAAACUAGAUAAGAUUGGACAAGGAACUUAUAGCAAUGUGUACCGAGCCCGUGAUCUUGUAACUGGUAAAAUUGUUGCACUCAAGAAAGUGCGAUUUGUUAAUAUGGAUCCUGAAAGUGUUCGCUUUAUGGCAAGAGAAAUUAACGUUCUUCAUCGACUUGAUCACCCAAAUGUUAUAAAGCUUGAAGGUGUAGUUACAUCACGAGUGUCAGGCAACUUGUAUCUUGUUUUUGAGUACAUGGAGCAUGAUCUUGCUGGACUUGCUGCAAGGCCGGGUACCAAGUUCACUGAACCACAGGUAAAGUGUUAUAUGCAACAGCUUCUUGAAGGGCUUGCUCAUUGCCACAGUCGAGGGGUUCUGCAUCGGGAUAUCAAGGGCUCAAAUCUUCUGAUUGACAACAACGGCAUUCUUAAGAUAGCAGAUUUUGGCCUAGCAACAGUUUUCAAUCCUGAUCAGAAACAGCCAUUGACAAGUCGAGUAGUAACGCUGUGGUACCGACCCCCUGAGCUUUUGCUUGGUGCUACAGAAUAUGAUGUUGCUGUUGAUUUGUGGAGUUCUGGAUGCAUUCUUGCGGAGUUGCUUGCAGGGAAACCGAUCAUGCCUGGUAGAACAGAGGUGGAACAACUGCACAAGAUUUUCAAGCUCCUAGGAUCACCAUCAGAUGAGUACUGGAAGAAAUCAAAGUUGCCGCAUGCAACUAUUUUCAAACCUCAGCACCAAUAUAAACGCUGUUUUGCAGACACAUUCAAGGAUUUUCCUCCUUCAGCUUUAACUCUGUUAGAUACCCUUCUUGCAAUAGAACCGGAAAAUCGUGGAACAGCAGCUUCAGCCCUUGAAAGUGAAUUCUUUAGAACUAAACCACUUGCCUGCGACCCUUCUAGUUUGCCUAAAUAUCCACCCAGCAAGGAGUAUGAUGUUAAACUUCGGGAUGAGGAAAUUCGCAGACAAAGAGCAGAAGCUACCAAGGGAUGGUCGGAGACUGCAAGACCAGGGAGAAAAGAGACCAAAGGAAUGGCAAUGCCUGAUGCAAAUAUGGAGCUGCAGAAGCAACAGGCACAGGCAUAUAAUGCACAAGAUGCUGAGAGGAGGUCCGGGUUUCCAAUUGACUCUGCAGUAGGAACAGCACAAAAUGGCUUCUAUCAAUUGGGUGUGCACCCUGGUGGAUAUGGAACCACAUUGACUAAGAAAGUGAAUCAGGAAGAGAUGAGGGUUCCUGGACCAUCAAAGAGUUCGGCUAGAGUGUCAAAUGACUCUCAGUUGCAGAAACAGAGAUCAUACAUUCAUUUGUCAGGAGCUGAUGGCAUCCCGGGUUCAGUAGCAGCAAGAACCACUGCAAACUCCAGAUACAAUCGGCUUGAUGUGACCGAGUCCUCUGACAAGCAUAUACUUGAUCGAGCUGCCUCCACACACAAGAAAGAUGACAGAACAGUGAGCAAAGAAUCCACAAUCGUUUAUGGUACUAGGAACAAGAAAAUCCAGUAUUCUGGACCACUGAUGCCCCCAGGAGGAAAUGUUGAAGAUAUGCUCAAGGAACAUGAGAGGCAGAUCCAACAGGCGGUUCGCAAAGCACGCAUUGAUAAAGUCAAGACCAAAAAGAACUUUUAAGAAGGAUAAUUAGGGGAAAGACUUUUGUGGCAGAAUCGGCAGAAGAAAAUUCUAACUUACUCAAAAGUAUAUAUGGUACAUGGUUUGUUGAAUUAGCAGAUGUGAGGACCAUCUGGAUCAUAAUCGGUGAAUCAGGCACUACAUUG